AUGAAUCAAAUAUUUCUAAAAAUAAUAUUGAUAACAAUUCUAUCAAAAAUCUAUCGAAAUGCAAAUUCUCUAAAUCUAUCCGGAAUUCGAAUAUCAUCCGAUAAAUAUCAGGAAUAUCAGCGAAAUCAAGGAUUUUCAGUGGAGAUUUUUGGCAAAAAUCUGCCCGAAACUGGCUAUUUUUUCACGAAUGCGGAUCGAUGUGAAGAUUGGCGGAAAAAUGGGGAGAUUUUGGAAGUUUCGACAAUUGAAAUUGGAAAAGUUGAGAGUUUCGGGAAAGUGGCCAAUUUUGAAAUGAAAAAUGGAUUGCCUUUUGAUGAUUUUACACGGUUUUAUCGAUUGUGCUCGAAUCAGACGAAAAAUAUUGAUUUGAAGGUUGGUUUUUCAUGGGAGGGUUGACAUUUUUGGAAAAAAAAACAAUGAAAAUUGAAAUUUUCAUUUUUUUUCGACACAAAAAAUGAAAAUAUAAAUUCUCUCUAAAUAUGAUUUCUAUGACUAAUAUGAGCAACAUCUGUCUUAACAAUAUUUGAGCAAAACAAACUUCGCACAAAAUUUCGAUAUUCUCUAACUGUUCCAAUCAUAACAAUACAAUUAAUACUUGAAUGACAACUGAAUAAUAACUCAUUGAAAAAUAUGAAAUUCUGAUUUGAAAGUCCAUAAACAGAGUGAAUAAAGAAACCAAAAACUGGGAUAAUCAUAAUUGAACACGUGGCAGUCUGCGCAAAUAAAUUAUGAAUUGCAUUUUGAUGUGAUUGCUUAUGAGAAUCUGAUAUAGUUCCGAUAACUCGCCAAAAUGUUUGUAACAUAUGAUAACUUAGAAUAAUAAUUAUUGACACUCCAAAAGGCGCUGCCAAUGCUAAAUAACCAAAUGAAUAUAUAUUCAAUUGACUAUCCUCGAAAUAUAAUAAAGUUUCGAUUUUUUCGAAUUUCGAAUAUAAUACACUCGCAUAUUUUUGUUGGAUAAAUUCUAGGGAUUUUUCGCGAGACAUUUCUUUGGAGAAAAAAAUUAGAAGAACACUUGCACCAAAUAUUAUUCCGAUAGAUUUGAGAGCGAGUUUUUGGGCGGGUUUUAGGAGGAAUUUUGAGUGAGUUGCGAGAUGCAUUAUUGCUUGAUGUUUUUCGAGAAAUUGAUAGAAGAUUAUAUUGAUUUGAAUUAGGACCAAAAGUGAUAAGAUGAUCUGUAAAAAAUUCAGAUUUUUCUGAAUUCCAUGGGAUUUUUUGACACUAAAAAUCCCACUUUUUCAAAAAUUUCAAAAAUAAACUUUUUUGACAUUUACUGAUUUUCUGAAGGACAAAGAUCUGAACUGAACAUAAUUUUUUAUCUUUUUGGAACAUUUUGCCACGUGGAUUUUUUGGCGAAAAAAUUGUUAAAUUUCCAAAUUUCCACUAACCAUCGAUUGAAAAGACGUUAUCCCAAAAAGUUUCCAAAAAUAACCAUCAGUUGUAAUAACUACCCAAAUUGGUAGAGUUAGCACAAAUUGACAACCAAGUGUAAAACUAAUAUCAACGAAAAUUGAGCAAAUCAGAAAUGCCAAUAAAUAAUAUCUAUAAUUGGAUAUUUUUGAACUUUUAUUAAUUAUUAAAUAUAUUCCGAAGGAAUUGAUAAUUAAUGAGAUAAUUGAAAUUAUGUGGUAGGAAACUAGAACCCAUUUUGGAUUUUCAUAGAUUAUAUCGUCUAAACUCAUUUAGUCCAAUAAUUUCUGAAAAUUGAAGAAAUAAAUGAUCGAAUGCUUUUCAGCUGUAAUUUUCAGAAAAUGUACUUUGUGUGUCAACUAGAAAAGUAAAAAAAACAGGUGAAAAAUCUACUGUUUCAAUAUUAUGAAUUAUUUCAGAAUUCUGGAAUUUGAAAUUCUGAGAUAUGAAAUUACCCCGAAAGAAAAUCCCACUGUUUCAAAAAAUUCCUAGAAAUCAAGAAAAUAUUAAAAAAAAUAAACAAUAUCUAUGAAUUAUUUGGACCACAUAAUUUUUUAAACGAUAAAUCUACUGUUUCAAAAAUCACAGGAAUAUCGGGUUUUGAUAUCUAAAACAGUAGUUUUAUUUUACAGAUGAAAAAAGUUUUAUAAAAAAUUUUUUUCAAAUUUUUUAUGAAUAAAAAAUAACUGACUGUCGAGUUUUGAAAUUCUAAAUAGUAAAAAGUUGUUCUGAAAACAAUUUACUGUUUCAAAAUUAUCAUCAACUAUUUUAUAAUUCUGCGGUUUCAUUUAUGAAAGUAAAUCAUGCAAACUGAAUUCAAAAAAAUCUCACUGUUUCAAGAAAUACAUGAGGAUCAAGAAAAAAAACAGAUUUUUGAUAGGUUAUUUUUGUAAAAAGAUAUAACAAUUUUUUUUUGAAAGAUUUGAUCCACGUAAUUUGUUUAAAAAAAACAUUCCCUGUUUCAAAACUCACAUCAAUGUCGAAUUUUAAAUGUAAAAAUUAUUAUCAAUAUACAUACAGGUAAAAACAUUUUAUAAAAAUUUACUGUUUCAAAUUUUUGAUGAAUAAAAAAUAACUGAUUGUUUUUCAAUGUUUCAUGCAUAUUUACUACAAAUAUAAUAUUAAACAGCCUAAAAUUUCCACUGUUUCAAAAGUCAUAGGAAUAUCGAGUUUUGAAAUUCUAAAACAGUAACAUUAAAAAAAUUUUAAGUUAAAAAAUUUCAAAAAAAAAAAAUCUACUAUUUGAAAAAUAUCAUGAUUAGUUUUUCAAUUUUGCGAUUCCAGUUAUUACAUAUUAAAAAUAGUGCAUACAGAAUUUCAAAAAAUCCCACUGUUUCAAAAAAUACAUGAAAAUAAAGAAGAACAAUUCAGAUGUUUUAUCUCUUGAAAAAAUGGUAAAAAAAUAGUUUUAAAGUUUUUCGAAUUCGUUCGCGAACAUGUUUUGAACAAAAAUUAACUGUUUCAAAAAUAUAAUUAACAAAAGUUUAUAUUUCUUUUUUAAUCGGUGACUGUAGCACAAAACUAUUUUCAAAAAUCUACUGUUUCAAAACCACAUGAAAAUCAAAUGUGAUUUUCCAAAACAGUUAUUCGUCUUGUUUGACCAUUAAAAAUCCCCAAUAUUUUUCCAGCACACCCGAAUCUACAACAAAAAAAUCGAGAAAAACGACCUGAUCCUCAUCCGAAUAAUCCUAUGCAUUUACUGUAUUUUGGUAUCAGCCUUCAGUUCAGGAAUGACAAUUGGAUUUAUGCGUUUUUCAAUUCAAGACCUUCAAAAAAUGCUAAAUUACAAUGAGCCAAUCAAAAGUCGUGCUGCUCGAAUUCUUCGAUUUCGAAAACGAUCAAAUUGGUUGGUUUGCACAUUUUCGCUAUGUUCAACAAUUCAUAGUGUUAUUUUCACAACAACAAUCGAAAAAAUGGUUGAGAGCUCGAAAUAUCAUGAAAUAUUAUCAAUUCUAGUGCCAACUUGUAUUCUUUUCAUUUUUGCCGAGUUUUUACCGCAAGCUGUUUUCAAUAGUAAAUUUGGAUUCGAUUUGGCGAGUGGAUUAUGGCCGAUUACUGUAUUGAUAUUUAUUAUUUGUUCGCCUGUUGCUUGGCCAGCUUCCAAGAUUAUUGAUUUGUUUUUGAAACGAGAUGUUAGAGAGGUUAUGACAGAAGAGGAAAAAUUGAAUAUUAUUAGGAAUAUGGCCAAAAAUACGAAUAAUACAGAGAGAAGUGAGUUUUUUUUGGGUGGGGUUUUGUGGAAAAAUAGAAGUAGAUUUUGUAUAUGAAAAUUAUGAAACAGUGAAUUUUUAUAUCAAGUUAUUUUGUAACAAAAAUUAAGAGGUAAACAAUUAAGAGAGCCCUUCACUGAAAACAUUAUUGAAGAUUUUUUGAAACAGUGAAAAUUUUGAAAAAAUUAUUUUCAAGUUGUUUUAAAGUUAUUUUUGCUUGAAAUUGUGUGUCAAAAUUUUUAAUUCGAAUUUUUUGAACCUAAAACUUAAAACACAAAUUGAUUUUCCAGUAAUGAAAAAAUGUUUAACAUUUUUCUAACCAAAAAUCUGAAGUCUUCUAAUUUUUGAUCCUAAAUCGGGAUUCUAUCGAUUUCCCUUUAGUGCACAUCAAAUUCAAGAGUUUUUUGAAACAGUAGAAUUUUUUAAAUUCAAUUUUUUCCAGUUUUGUUUUGCUGAUCUUUUCUGGAAUUCCGGGGUUUUUUUCAAUAAAAUCUUUACUGUUUCAAAAAUGGACCAUCAAUUUUUCUUUAUUUUUUUUUCCAUAAUGUUGGGAAAUAAAAUGUCAUUUCCAAUAAUUAUACAUUUUUGAAACAGUGAAUUAUUUUAUUGUUAAUUUUUGAGCUGAAGCCUGACAUUUUUUGCACUUCAUAAAAAUUCACUGUUUCAAAAAUUUGUUCAUGAAUUUUGGAGAAAAUUGAUAUUCUGUUAGGUCUUGUGGUGUUUUCUGUCGAAUUUAAAAAUCAAUUUUUUUCUUGCAUAGGGUUUUUUGAACCGAUAGAUUUUUUUGAAUUUUUUAGUAUAAGGUUAACAAUGGCACUAUCAAAAAAUUUCAUAAAAUUUUUCAAUUUCAUAAGUAUUUGAAACAGUAAAUAUUUUUUUGCCACAUCUAAAUUGUUGAGAAAACCAACAUUUUUCAAAACAGUAAUUUUUUUGUCAAAAUAUUAAACUUGAAAGUUGAAUAGAAAAUCCUAAAUUUAUGGACUCUAUAAAAAUGUACUGUUUCAAAAAUUUUCCAUGAUUUGGAAAAUGAAUGAUAUUCUGUUGGGAGACGGAGACUGAGGUGGUACAAUUUUUGGAAAAAAUUCAAAAAUUCACUGUUUCACUAAUUUUUCAAAUCUGGAAAAUCUAAACUGCAAUGUUUCCAAACAUCUUGUAUUCUGAAUAAAAAAUGUCAAUUUUCCAGAAAUCCUGGAACGCGCCACAACAUUUUCCACAAAAACCGUCUUCGAUAUAAUGACUCCAAUUGAAAAAGUGUUCCUUUUAACCGCCUCAACUCGUCUAACAAAAACAACAGUUUUAACAUUGGUUGAGAAAGGAUUUACACGUGUUCCAAUUCAAGAUGACAAAAAUCAAGAUAAUAUAUUUGGUGUGUUAAAUAUUAAAGAUCUUAUUAAUUAUGAUCUCAAAUCAUCUCCACAAGUUUCGAAAAUAUUUGCAAAAAUUGACAAGAAAAAUGAGAUGAAUUAUGUUAGUUCGGAAAUGAAAGUAUCCGAAUUAAUGCAGAAAAUGAGACUUGGCGGAUUUCAUAUUGCAACUGUUUUCAAAUUUAUCGAUUUUUCAUAUAAAAUUUGUGGAAUCAUAACAAUUGAGGAUAUUUUGGAGCAAAUAUUUGGAGAUGUUUCGUCGAAGAAAAAGUAUAAUAUGAGCAAUUCGAAUAAUUCGUAUAAGGAUUCGAUGAUUAUUAAUUGGUGUAGAGAAGCGGCUUCGGAUCAUCCAAAAUAUCCCCUCACUUUUUCACAACAACUUUUGGGUGCGUUUUUUGAAGCGGAAAAAAAGUUCCAAAAUUUUUAUAGAUCACAAAAGAACUUGGUUACUGUAGGUUUUGUAGUACUUCGGAAAUUUCACAUUUAGAGUUCAUGAUUUUAAUGAUUUGAUUUCAUUUAGAGUUUUUGAGCUCCUGGUCCACAAAGAAAAUUCAGAACAUUUGUAGAUCAAAAAAUCUUGGGUUACUGUAGGGUUUAGGGUACUGUAAGCUCUCGUUUUCUAAACCAAAAUCUAAUCCUGAUCCCAAACUUUUGAGCUACAGUAUUUGAAACCUACAGUAAUCCAGUUUUUUUAAAUAUUAAUAUUUUUUAUUUUAAAAAAUCAAUGAAAAUAUUAAAAAUCACGAGAAAAGUUGAAUUUUUCAUGAUUUUUUUCAAUCAAUAUUUUUUUUUCUUUACAGUAAUCCAAAGUUUAUUGGCAGAAUGCCCGAUUUUUGAGCGAUUUGGAAUUGAAGUUCUAAAAACAAAACAAUUAUUGAGAAGUGAUCGAAUUCGAAUUUCGUGCAAAAAUGAGGAAAUUUUGAAGGAGAAAAAUGAAAAAAACGAGGUUUUAUUCAUAAUUUGGGAUGGAUUAAUUGAAGUCAGAAGAAGUGAUGAUGAAAUGCCACAAGAAGUUUUGGGUAGGUAAAUUUUUGGGGAUUUUGAUGGAUCUCUAGAGUUCAUACCCAAAAAAAUGAAGAAAAAAAUUCAAAAAUUUUUCACUGUUUCAAAUUUUAGUGAAAUUUAUCUUGGAAAAUCUGCCUUCAAUCAGCCAUAUUUUAUCGCAUGAAAUUUAUGAAUUUUCAAAAAAAUUUGAAACAGUGAAAAAUUUAUGAAUUUUGCCACGUGGAUUUUUGGCUCCAAAAUUUCCCAAAAUGUUUUUUUCAGUCAAACAAGCUGAUGCCACGUGUUCACAUUCAAACGAAAUUUUUGUGGCCGGAAAAAAUGUGUUGAAUCAGAUUUUGAAGGAUUUGAAAAUGGUGGAAUAUCAAAAACCGAUUGAUGAACGAAUUUUGGGGAUUACUGUACUCUCGGAAAAAUGCUUCUAUUUUAAGGUUGGUUCUUUUUUUUGGGGAAAAUUUACUGUUUCAAGAUUUUGAAGUGUGGAUAAAUUUAAUGGAAAAAUUAUACUAUUUGAUAAAACAUUGAAACAAAUUAUGAACACAUCCAAUCUGAAAAUUUGUCUAAAAUAUAUGUGAAAAUUUACUGUUUAGAAAAAUUUGCUUUGAUUACAAUUUUUGUCAGAAAUUCACUGUUUCAAAAAAUUCGUAAAAUUUUUCAUUUCAAAAUAAAUCUGUUUUCACAAUUUUGAUUUCAGCCAAAUAGAAUAUUCAAAAAAAUUUUACUGUUUCAAAAAUGAAAUAUAGGAAUGUUUUUCAGAAAUUUAUUGAUUCAAGCAACCUCCUUUUAUGAAAUAGUUUUCCUUUAAAAAAUCUACUCUUUCAAAAUAUUUAUAUGUCGAAAAAAUUGGACUAAAACUCGAUACAUAAAAAAAUGUUGCAGAUUCGAAAACAGGAAAUAAUCGAUAUUAUAAAUGAAACCGAAACUUCAAUUCUAAAAAGUGAUCAAAUGCAAAAUGUUUCGAAAAAAGAUUCAUUUUCAAAAGAUGUCAAUUCGGAAUGCUCUUUCUCGUCGUCUUGUGAAGAAAAUCAAAAAUGUAAGAUUUUUUGCCGCGAAAAAUCCUAGUUCAAAUGUUUUUUUCAGAUGAAAAACCAGUUUCAAGUCCAAGUUGUAGUCCAGUUGAAAAUGCAUCAACAGAAUUAGCACAAAUUAUGGAUAAAAAUGUGCCAGUUGGUAAGAAAAUCUGAAAUUUUAUACAAAAAAAUCUGGAUGUUUUUGCAGUUUCCCAUCCGCGAUCUAUGGUUUUGACACUUUUGAAGAAAAAUCGAAAAAAAGGAUAA